AUGGCGGCACACGGCGCCAAUGGCGAGGCCUCUGUCGGCUCCAGUGAGCCCCGACAAAAGGGAAAGGCUACCCCGGAAACAAUCAGAGCAGGAUGCAUCGCCAUGGUCAAAAAAGAAGGCAUCCCCCGUCGAGCCGAGAUUCUUAGCAUCAAAGAAACGAAGAGCGGUCGCCAAUUUUACUGCAACUUUGACAAUUUCAACAAACGUCUCGACGAAUGGGUGCCGACGAUCCGAAUCGAUUUCGACCAAGAUGUCGAGUGGCCAUUACCCGACAAGGACAAACCGAAAGAUCCUAAGACGAAGAAAGGUGUUGCCACGUCAAAAAAUAAGGUCUCAAAGAAAUCCCAGAAGCGACCUUCGAAGAGGGAGCAAUCUGCGCCUUCAGAGGCCGCGACGCCGCACCCAUGGACCGAGUUCGUCGAGUCACAGAGCCGUAAGAUGACGCCGACGGCCGAGGAGAGCCAAAGCCAGACCCCGGCCACAGCUACGGGCGAUGCAACGGCCACCCCCGCAGCUGGAGGCGAUGAAAUGGAAAUUGACCUGGAGGAGGAGGUCCAGAAGAAAGAUUUACUCAGUGGCUUCAGCCGAGAAGACGAGAUCGAGAAGUUGAGGACACACGGCUCUAUGACGCAGAAUCCGGCCGAGAUCUCCCGAAUUCGAAAUAUCUCCAAGGUCCAGUUUGGAAAGCACGACUUGUUCCCAUGGUACUUUUCCCCAUACCCUGAGGUAUUCAACCAGGAAGAUGUUAUUUUCAUCUGCGAGUUUUGCCUCGGGUACUAUGGCGACGAAAAAUCCUUUGUUAGGCACAGGCACAAGUGUACUCUGCAGCACCCUCCUGGAAACGAGAUCUACCGCGACGAGUCUGUCUCUUUCUUUGAGAUUGACGGCAGACGACAGCGCACCUACUGCCGUAACCUGUGUCUCUUGUCCAAGAUGUUCCUUGACCACAAGACACUAUACUACGAUGUCGACCCCUUCUUGUUCUACGUCAUGACGAGUCGAAGCGAUAAGGGCUGCCACAUUAUCGGUUACUUUUCCAAAGAAAAGGAGAGCGCGGACGGAUACAACGUAGCUUGUAUUUUGACUCUGCCUCAGUACCAGCGCAAAGGUUAUGGUCGAUUGCUCAUUCAGUUCUCGUACGAACUAUCAAGGAUCGAAGGCAAGCUUGGUUCGCCAGAAAAGCCGCUUUCUGAUUUGGGUCUGCUGAGUUAUCGGCAAUACUGGGGUGAAAACAUCUUGGAUCUCAUUGUGGGUUACAAUGAGCGCGAUGAGAAGACUACGAUUGAAGCCAUCUCGACGGCUCUUGCCAUAAUUCCGCAGGACGUGGAGCACACCUUACAGGCGCUUAAGAUGCAGGUGUAUCAUAAGGGAGAGCACAAGAUCGUGAUUCCCGAGAAGCUGAUACAGCAGAGGGAGAAGCAGAAGGUGAAGCAGAAGCGAUUGAUUGACCCGAGCAAGAUCCAGUGGAAGCCACCAGUAUUUACGGCUUCUACGAGAACAUGGGGUUGGUAA